AUGAAGAAGAAAAAACAUGAUGCCAUUGUUUAUGAACCUAAAGAACUUCUGAAUCCCUCUCCCAAUGUAACAAAUUGUUGCAAAUCACUGUGGGUGAAAUACAGUUUUCAGAAUGUUUACAUGACCCAACUUGUCAGCUCCCAGCCAGUUUCAGCCAUGUCAAGGAACCCAGAUCACAAUCCACCUUCUCAGCCCAAGGAGGAUAGUAUUGGCCAGAACCAUCACCAGGAGGAAACAAUUCACAAGUUGGCCGUGCAGCUGAGAAACAUUGGGGACAGCAUUGAGCAGAGAAUGGUGCAAGAGAACUUUCAGCAAGAAGGCAGAGCUGUCCUGGCUCACUAUGUCUUCGUUUUCUUUGGAGGAGUUCACAUGUUGCUGCGCUUUCUCUGGAACAACCAUUUGAUGUAG